UUAGUAGUUCUCUGUGAAAUGCAUUCUAUCGCAUUAGUAUAGCGUUAUCAUCGGCAAAACCAUAACAUCAUGGAAGCAAGAUGAUUUAACAGAAGUUGUUUUUGGCGCAUGUCGCGGGCCUCGAAUUGCUAUCAGUAAAAAAUUAUAAGCAGUUCGGAAUCCCGGUAUCGCCAGUGAAUCUGUCAAAUUCUGCUAGUAGAUUGUAUUUUCACUUUUUAUGGUAUCUGGCGUAGUGUGUCAGUGCGAGGGAAGUGUUGUCACUGAUUUAAAGGAUUACCAUCUUGUAUUGUCAAACGAAAUUUGUGACUUGCGUAGGAUGUACACGACAUGCACUGAAGUUUGACGUGGCUAGUGCGUGUUUUGAGGUUAUUUUUGUAUUCGUGUAACUGACCUAUACCUUGUUUAAAGAAAACUCCAAAUCUUUAUUUUCAUUCUGACUGUCUGUCGUGUCAGAUGCUUGAACGAGAUCUCCGAAAAUCGUGUUUUUCAGCUUUAUUCAAGGCCUGUGUCGAUUACUUUAAAUGAAGCACAUAGAAGUUUAAGAAAGUGAAGUUUAAACUUGUUUACAGUUAAAACCUUACUUUGCGUUCUUUGUAAUCUAAAACCAAUACAUAUAACUUUGUGAACAAUUAAGACAUAAACAAUUGUGUACAGAGUGUCAAACAUUUGGCAUUGACCUAAAGUGACAACAAAAAACUCAACAUGAGCUACCGCAUUUUCAUGACACCUUAUUUAGUUUUUGUGUUUAAUACAAUUGUCAAGCCACUGUGACAACACGUUACACUACCUUGGUCUGGGAAUACAUUUAACGAGUAGAGGUGAUUUAAAUUAAACAAUCAUAAUGGUGUGCAUAAAGAAAAUGUACCGCGAGGAACUCUUGCAGCUCGCGUUACUGCUGUCUUUGCUACGAGUAGAUCCAGAAUCCUACCUUGGUUUGGACAUUCAAACCAUCGGCGUAGGUUCUUUGGAUCUAAACAAUGGAUCCGGAUGGCAUAAUGAUGCUCACACGAUUAUUCAUCGUCCUACUUUUGUCCAUCCAAAGAAUUUGGACUCGAUACUUCUAAACUAUGAGAGAGAUUUAUUUGAAGACUUAAAUUCGUUAGGAAGAUACAAUACAUUGAAUUCUGGAUUAAACAAUAUCCAUGCAUACUUGUUGAAUAUCGAAGACUCAACAGGAGAUACUGCCAUAGCAGGGCCUAGCAUUCCGACAGAUCCAGAUAGAAAUCCUGAUCCACCAAAUUCAUCGCAGAGUCCAAAUGAACCAGCCAAUACAGCGGAACUUACCCAAGAGGACAUGGAUCUGAUCGAGGUGCUUUGGAAACAAGACGUGGAUCUCGGAUUCACAUUGGUGGAACCAUCUGCCACUGUGAAAAAACCGUGCACAUCGGAAAAAGGAAGCGAGGACGACAUAGAGAAGCUGAAAGCUCUAGAAGCCAUUAAUGCGACCGACGAGAAGAAGAAUGCGAAGGAAUUCGAUGUGCAAGAAGAGGAUCCUUGGGCAGGUCUUCCUUACACCGUUGACCUUGAAACUGGUGAAUACAUCCUCAAUUCUGGAAGUCAGGGAGGAAGCGGAUGUAACUCGCCCGAGGUAGACGAUCAACUGCUCAGAGAGGCCUCGUUGGAUUUGGACAACCCUCUGGCUGGACUGACCGACGAUUCUUUGGGAUUAACCAACACCUUAGAGCUCGAGAAUGAUUUUUCCUCGGACCUGCUCGGAGGUAGCCUCUUAGGAAGUGCUAGCGUCGAAGGUUUCCUCAACAACAACACUCUAGGGCUUCCCGACGGAUUCAAUCUCGAGGAGGCGCUCCAACUCGUUGGCCUCGAUGAAGUUCAAACAGAGGAAACGAAGCCGGAAGUGAAGAAGAAGAAAGAGGACGAAGAGUCCACCAGUGCAAAGGACGAGACCGCCAUUAUCACCUCGAGCAACGUCGAGGUCGAGAAGUCAUCCAGGUGCGAGGAUCCAGAGACAGGCGACAUGAUUCACACACCGCAGUUUCAUCAUCCCCAUCAUCCUCACCAUCGUUCCUUCCAGGGUCGCAUGCCAUUUGUGCGUGCUAUGAGCAUGGAACAACGAUGGCAGGAUUUGGCAUCUCUUUUGUCCCUACCUGGUGCACCAGACCACUUCGCGCAUCCUGCGCAUCCAGGAUACCCAGGGCACGGUAUAAGCCACAGUCAUUAUGAAGCACAACGUAACGUUUUGCUUCAUAAUGCGACUCUGGCCCCACCAGUGGGCGACCUUAAUGCCACGAGCCCUUAUCACAAUGUGGGUGGAUCAUCGAACCUGGGCUCAGCCGUGGCAACAUCAAUGAAUUUAACAAACAGUAGCGAACCAAUUGGUACAGAAAGCGGAGCUGCUUACAAAUCAGAACCUACUGACAUGAUGUACUAUCAUACACCAACUUCAGAUUCCAUCAAUCAAACUACCGACGGGUUUCUAUCGUCGCUUCUCAACGAUGAGGAUUUGCAUCUGAUGGACAUGGCCAUGAACGACGGUAUAUAUACGAUGCGCAUGCUGGAUAAUGGUAGCAACAAUGCUUCUGGGCCAACGGGAGCAACGGCCUUGUCAGGAGUUCAGACAACUGGCGGUACAGCUUCUUCGGCAACAGGCCUCACGACACUUCCGGUUGUGACAGAUGAAAGAAUGGAUGCAUCCAGCGAUAGUGCCGUCAGUAGCAUGGGUAGCGAACGAGUACCAUCCCUUUCGGAUGGCGAAUGGAUGGAGACUGGGUCAAAUUCUAGCCAUACACAAGCUGAUUCUCAUUACACCAUGGAUUAUGCUAGCAAAUACCGCAUGUCGUACGACUGCAGUUACUCCGUUUCCGGAAGGAACGGUGGUUCCCCGAGAUGUCAAACGGAGCGUACUAUGCCCCCAGUGGCCCAGAAGAAGCAUCAGAUGUUCGCGAAACGAUACUUCCAAGAACAAGGAACAGGCUCGCCUUUAGGAGCUACAGCACACCCAACAACUCCGAUCAAAUACGAAUACGAUUCGCAUACAAUUGGUGCUGGGGCACCAGGUAACGCCUACUCAGGACCAAUCGAGGGUGCAGCUGGACCGCAACCCGAAAUGAAGUACACCUGUAGUGUAGAUUUCACUCGUCAUCAAUCAGGACGCUCUGCUAUAGAACACGUUCACCAUAAUCACACGUAUCAUUUACCCGCCGAGAGUUCUGGAUCUCUUCAGCGUCCAAUUUCGCGCGAUAAAAAAGUGCGUAAAAGCGAGAGCGACGAGCAUUUAACUAGGGAUGAAAAGAGAGCAAGGGCACUGAAUGUGCCCAUACCAGUGAACGAUAUUAUUAAUUUACCUAUGGACGAAUUCAACGAACGUCUUAGCAAAUACGAUCUCAGCGAAGCUCAAUUAUCCUUGAUACGCGACAUCAGAAGACGGGGAAAGAAUAAAGUCGCCGCUCAGAAUUGUCGAAAGCGUAAACUAGACCAAAUUAUCAGCCUUGCCGAUGAAGUGAAGGAGAUGAGAGACCGCAAGAUGAGACUCAUCCGAGAGCACGAGUUCAUGCUUCUUGAGAGACAACGCGUGAAGGACAAAUUUAGUCAACUUUACCGUCAUGUGUUUCAGUCUUUGCGAGAUCCUGAUGGCAAUCAAUACCAUCCUUACGAAUACAGCCUUCAACAGUCUGCGGAUGGCAAUGUUCUGUUAGUGCCAAGGAAUCAGACGAAUUCUCAUCAUCCCCGUUCUACAACGAUGGAACCGAAGACGAAAUCUAACCCAGAACACAAGGAAUGAAAUGAUCCAUUGGGGUUCUGUUUAAAAUACUGUUUUCUUCGUACGCUCAACGUACUUAAAGUGUUAUGAAGACGCGGUGCUGAGAACGAAAAUUAUUUAGGAUUAUUAAAUACAAUAAUAUAGAAACGAUUCAUGUUGGAAGAAUUUCACUGCUUAACGUUUUAUAUGUCUCACGUCAUAUUUGUUAACGAUAACUUUCAGAACUAUUUCGAAAACUCACAUUGAGUUACGUCUUUCUAUACAACUAGAAAAUAAACCUAUAAACACCGCUUGUACAUAUAGUAAUAUAAAAUGAUCGAAUAAUCUAUACGAAUAGAUAAAAUGUAAACAAGAUGCUAUAGAUCUGUGUUACGUUUAAGCAGAAAAAUCUUCAUUCAUUAUUUCAGUCAAUGGUAUGGACAUGUUCCUUGAGAAAGGAAGAGAGCGUAAUACCAUGUAGUAUACAUUCAAUGUAACAUUAUUUUUAUAUUGAAAUUCAUCGAAAUAUUAUUCAACUGUUACAAUUGAAAUAAUUUUUCUUUUGUUCCCUUUUUUUCUUUCUUCCAGCAUACGUGAAUAUUGCUUGUUAAUUUUCAGAGCUCGUAUAUGUGCGUGUAUGUUUUUUAUAUGCAGUGAUUGUAUUUUCUAUAUAUAUAUAUAUGUAUGUAUAUAUAGAAAAUAAUCAUUAUUAAACAUGGUUCUCUUUUUAUGAAAAGGAAGUCUAACACAUUUCGAUGCAGUUGUUUUAUCUAUGAAUAUUAUAUGAUGAAUAUUAUAUGAUCUAACUAAUAUAUAGCUGACAUAGAUUUUAAGUGGCAACGAUUGUAUCGAAACGUGAUUACACAAUAAUUUUACUCUACCGAAGCUACUUCCACGAUCACGCAAUUUUUUUAAACUUUAUGCGUGUACACAUACUUUGAUAAAAUUGAAACGAACACUCGUAUAAGUACGUUAUAGAUAAUUUAAUAAAAGUGUGACGAAACAUAAUUAAUAAUGAUGUCGGUCGAAAAAAAAUAUCUUUUUUGUUACUACUUGAAUAGUCAUGUGAUUUAAAAAUGUUCAUAAUUUGUACGGCAAAAGUAUAAAGAGUGUGUAACGCGACAUUAAUUCUGCAUUUGAAAUGGAAAUAAAAUAAAAAGAACAAUUAAAACGAUAAAAGGCAAAUGUCUGAGACAUUGGACGCAACGUAUUGUUCUAGAAACUAUUUCACGUUCUGUACAGAAAACUUCGCGAAAAGUUGGCGUAGUCCAUUCAAGCAAAAUAAUAAUAAUAAAUUGUAAUAUACAAUGACGAAGAAUAUGUAGUACAUAAUGUAAGUAUGUGCAUACAUUCAUAGCAAUGUGUUGAACUGCUACACUAUUGAUAAUAGUAUUGAUCAAAAUAUGAACAAACAUAGUAAAUACACAUAUUUUUAUAAAGUAAGAGACGAAUGAAGUUCAGGUAUAUCACAUUUGCCUUUUUAUGUAUAUAUAUGAAUGUAGUUAGUAUAAUUUUCUAUAAAUACUAUAUAUAUAAAUAUAUAAAGAAAAGUAUGUAUUUAUGUAUAUGCAUGUAUAUAUAUAUAAAUACAUAUAUAUAAAAUAAUAAUGAGAUAUAUGUUAUAAUGUUAAAAACAAACGAAACAUGAAAACCGUUUAUGCCGACAAUUUAUAAUAGUCAACUCUUUAUUAAUAUUUACAUACACAAUUGUAUUUAUACUAUUGGGUGUAGGCUGUCUUUACAUAUUGUACUUAGCGAGUGGAGAUCAUAUUGUUAAAGACUACUAUAAAAGAAUUAAUUUAUAAUAACUCUGUUCGUAUACUGUACAAACGAACCACAUUUAUAUGAAAUUUUAAUUCCAUCUGAUCAGAUUUUAAGAUCUCCCAUGUCAUUAAAUUUCUAUAUUGUAUAAAUAAAGCUGAAUAAACCUUUGGGGAAAGUA